GGCCUCCGCCCCCCUCUCCCCUCCCGCAGUCCUCCCCUCGCCCCGGCGCCAAAAUGUUCCCCUCCCUGUCGACCUGCGUGAAGCCCAGCAACUACCCCAUCUUCAACGGCACCCGAUACCAACAGCUGAAGCAGAUCCACGCCUUCCUGGAUGGAAGCGACAUCCCGUUCGAACGUGAGAACCUCCCCUACUCGUUCGUCUUCGAGUGGGAGCUCGCCGGCCGCCGAAUGGAGAUCGUCCAGCUAUGGUUCGUGGACUACUGGACCGUCUCCUUCGUCUUCGUCGCCCUCUACCUGAUCCUCGUGUUCUGGGGUCGACGAUGGAUGGCGUCUCGUCCGGCCUACGACCUGCAGAAACCUCUCAUCGCCUGGAACGUCUUCCUCUCCGUCUUCAGCAUCUUCUCGGGCCAUCCCCGAGAUCUACCGGACCAUCAGGGACGAUUCCCUCUACUACUCCAUCUCGCCGGCCGCCGAAUGGAGAUCGCCCAGUUAUGGUUCAUGGACUACUGGACCGUCUCCUUCGUCUUCGUCGCCCUCUACCUGAUCCUCGUGUUCUGGGGUCGACGAUGGAUGGCGUCUCGUCCGGCUUACGACCUGCAGAAACCCCUCAUCGCCUGGUACUUUUUCCUCUCCGUCUUCAGCAUCUUAUCGCGACACAACCCAGUGGCUUCGGUUUGGGUGAUCCUGUUCGUCGUCUCGAAGGUGGUGGAACUAGGAGACACGGCGUUCAUCGUCCUCCGGAAGCAGCGUCUCCUCUUCCUCCACUGGUACCAUCACAUCACGGUGCUCCUGUACGCCUGGUACUCUUGCGCACAGGGAGUCCCCACGGGCCGCUUCUUCGCCACACUCAACGUCUUGGCUCACGCCUUCAUGUAUCCCUAUUAUACCGCACGGGCAGCGAAAAUCCACGUUCCCCGCCGUCUCGCCAUGUUCAUCACCCUCUUCCAGAUCACCCAGAUGAUCUUCGGGAUCUACACGAACGCCUACGCCUACUUCGCGAAGAAGCUCGGCCUCCACUGCGAGACCCCGUGGGAGAACAUCUACGUCUCCGCACUCAUGUACUUCUCCUACUUCCUGCUCUUCUUCAACUUCUUCGUCGACGCCUAUCUCAGACGCAGCUACGACAGAAUGAAGGUGGCUGCGGCCAAAGGGAAGAACAUCGGGGAGGAGCUCGUCGAGUAUCUCAAGAUCAAC